AUGCAAGGAUCCGCGAUUGUUGCCCUCGUUUUUCUCGCCAUCAUUGCAGUUUCAGCUGUUGUAAACGCUGCUCCGCAAGCUCCGCCCACAUCGUGUUCUGUUGAUGAGCGAUCAAAUAUGCCAUGCGUGUGCUGUAAGAAGGAUUGCUGGUACUCAAUUGCUGCGGCGGCCACCCACGAACUUGGUCAUAUGCCUGGCGAGGCUGGCGAACGCGAAGCGAUGGCUACGCUCAAGUUGAUCCGCGCAUGCAUGAUCACCGAAUGUGCAAAUGUGUGCCUCGCCUCGCCGUUCUAG